AUGAGCAACCAUGAGAUAGACACCGUGCUUGCGGAGCUUUCUGGGCAGUGCCCCGCCGAGGCUCGCCCCGUUUUCGAGCAGUUUGAGUCCCUCUACGAGGCGAAGUUGUGGCACCAGUUGACGCUUGUGUUGAAGCAGUUCUUUGCCGAGGACGCCUCUGCUGGGCUGAGACUGAAGCUGUACGAUGUGUUUGUGUCCCGGUUUAUUGACAAAGUUAACCAACUCGAUGUCGUGGACUUUCUGCUUGCGGCGUUGGCGGAGGACGGAAGGGACUCUCUAAACUACUUGAGCCAACUGCGGGAGCGGUUUACUGUGCUCGACAAGGAGAUGGAGCAGAGCAGAAACAGCGGGCUCAGUGACCACAGGGACGCACAGCUACUCAUCGACUUGGAGACCUGCCGCGUGCACUUGCUGCGUGGCGAACUCGCGCAGGGGAAAGACCUUUUAAACGAGUUGGAACCAACGAUCAUGUCCUUGAGGGACCACUCGAAACGGAAACUACCACUGAGGAUUAUGAACAGUUUCUACUCGGUCAACUCGCUGUACUUCAAGCGCAAGGAGGACUUCAAUAGCUUUUAUUCAAACUCGUUACUGUACUUGUCCACUUUGGAGUCUGAUGCUACUUCCGCUAGCGCAAGGCAACAGGAGGGCUCGGAGUCCCUAGCGUAUGACCUUGCCAUCGCGGCGUUACUUGGGGACAAAGUGUACAAUUUUGCAGAGUUGCUUAAUAACCCAGUGAUGGACUCGCUAAGAGGUAAAGACAAGUACGCUUGGCUUCUACAGAUGUUGCAGUCGUUGACACAAGGGGACUUCGACAAGUUCAACGAGUCGAUAUCCAAGCAGAUGCAGCAGGUACCAGUGCUUGCAGCGAACGAGACUUUCCUCAGACAGAAGAUCUGCCUGAUGACGCUUGUCGAGAGCAUCUUUUCCAGUAGCGUCAGGGUGCUGACUUUCUCUGCGAUCGCGGAAGCGACCCAUUUGGACGUCAACGACGUCGAACACCUCGUCAUGAAGUCGAUCAGUCUCGGGCUGCUGAAGGGGGUCAUCGACCAGGUCUCACAGGUUGUCACCGUCACGUGGGUGCAGCCUCGGAUCAUCAACGCGGACCAGAUCGCCAAGAUGCGCGACAGACUGGUCAACUGGCAAGAACAGGUCGCCACCCUCAGCACAGAGAUCGAAAAGAACGGGAAACCCAUCUGGGUGUGA